AUGGCGCGCUCCAAGUCCACCCCGAAAGCGAAAUCCACGCCGAAAGCGCGCACGCAGCCGGCGAGGAAGUCCUCGCGGAUAUCUGCCGCGGAAAAAGAGAAGAUCGCGGCCAUGGAAGCGGACGCGCUCGCGCAGACGAAGGCGUGGUUCGAAGAGAUGGGCAAAGAGAUGCAGGCCGCCGACGAUCUGGAGGCGGCGAACGAGUUCGCGAAGAUGGUCGAGGAGAGAGAGGCCAAGACCGGACUCGUGUGCGUGAUGCUCGAGCAAGUCGAGGAGGACUCCGACUCCGACUCCGACGCCGACUCGGACCUCGACGAGGACGAGGACUUCGACGACGACGAGGACGCGGACUUCGACGCGGCGGAGGACGACGGCUCGGACGACGAGGACGAUUCCUCCGACGAGGAGUGGCGCGUCGACGACUUCGGCCUGAAAGGCAAGCUCGCGCACGCGCUGAAGGUGUUCGUCCCCCCCGCCGCCGCGGAGGCGCUCGAGACCGCGCAGCUCACGAUGACGAUGGCGGAGGCGGUGCCGGGCGUCGGCGUGAAGAUCGCGGAGAAGCUCGUCGCCGGCGCGGAGAGCGCCGACGAGGCGAGCGACGCGCAGUUCGCUGACGCCUUCGCGGCGACCGUCGCGAUGGGGGAGGUCGACGCGCGAGCGACGUGGGCGGCGGACAAGAGAGAGGCGCAGAAGCUACUGAGCCGCUUGGGCGCGGUGUGGGCCAGGGUGCUCGCCGCCGCGCCGGACGACGCGAAGAAGCCGGGGAAGAAGGACGUCGGGUUCGCUCGGCUCGAGCCGGACAGCCGCGCGGACAUGAGGGAGCACCUCCAACGUCUGAGGGAGAAGUGGGGGGACGAGAAGGACGAGAACGGCGACGCGCUCGGUCUCGCCUUCGAUCACACCGAGGGUGCCAAGGCGAAGACGAAGACGGCGACGGCGGGGAAGAAGCGACCGAGGAAGUAGACGACGCGCGGCCCGCGCGCGUAGCAAACCACUGCAACCAUCUUCAGACUUUCAACACGC